GAGACGGCGACCUGGAGACCUACACAAUGUGUUGCCAACUAUUAAGACUGACAGACGUCGUGUUGCCAAUUUAGUGCAUAACUUGGUUUUGUGUUGUUAUUGUUGCAGUCUGAAAUGCAGACUGAGUCACCGAGCUACUGUUUGUGAAACACAUUGAUUGAAAACACUCCGUAUCAUAAUGAUAACUUGCAAGACACCCCUCAAUACCGAUGACUCACUAUUUUAAAGUCGAAAGAGUUCACCCCUCACCGUGUUUGAGCUCAAGUGCUUCAACACAGCCGGCUGUUGACACACCACCUGGACCAUUUCCUUGACGACACAUUUCUGCUUUUGGUGAAGUGGCUACAGAGUCAACACUGGGUAUGAUGACGUAGUAUUCCGAGCUACCUGUAGGUGGGUGAACAGGUGAUAUUGGUUGACUUGACAUCAUUGCAACGUAACAGGAGAAGACAACUGUGUCGUAGAAUGAUUUCGGCUUCCUUUCAAGUUUUUCUGUUGAUCUUUAUAAAUAGUCCUGCUGCAGGAUUUAUUCGCUUCUGCUACUUCCCUGGCUGGGCGUUCAACAGGAACUCUUCGUUCGCUAGGUUUGAUGUCAAAAAUGUGGAGCCCGAUAUCUGCACCCAUUUAGUCUACGCCUUCGGAAAGAUUGAUCCAGUGACUUCACUUCUGACAGCGACAAAUGAUACUCACUAUAGAUUAUUCACUGCAAUGAAAAGUCAAAACUCCGAUCUGAAGACCUUACUGUCACUUGGAGGUGAGACUGACCACGGUGACGGCUUCGUGGCUGCCUCCAAAGACGAUGCACAAGCGGUCAGAUUCGCAAGCCAAACCGUCGCGUUUCUAAGGGAUUAUCAAUUUGAUGGGCUAGACAUUGAUUGGGAGUAUCCCACAGGAAAUACAAGUGUGAAUUUUCUCAGGCUUUUAAACAGUUUAAGAAAAUCUUUUGACGCAGACUCCAGAUCUCCGAAACUUCUGCUGACCAUUGCGGCUCCUGUUGGAUCUUUUAUCCCUUAUUUCAACAACUCAGAAAUUUACAGAUUGGUAGACUAUGCCAGUCUUAUGACUUAUGACUUUGUGGACGCAAGAUACAGCGAAGUGACAAACUUCAACAGUCCCCUGUAUUCUAGAGAUAACGCAAAAUUUAAUCAAGAAUUCAGCACGAGCUGGACAGUCUCCGCUUAUAAAAACAUUGGCUUACCACUGAACAAGAUGUUGGUUGGGGUGACAGGGGUGGGCAAGAGGCUGGUGCUGAACGACACUUCCAGGUCAGAACCGGGGUCACCCAUAGUGACCCGCUCUUUGAGGAACUCCUCAGAUUACUUCGUGGUUGGAGGCAUGGCGUACCCUGAGAUUUGUAGAUAUAUACAAAGUAACCCUUCAAGCAAACGAGUUUUCGACGACCAACAGAAGUCUACUUACCUAGUACAAGGCGACAACUGGAUUACCUAUGAGGACCAAGCUAGUAUCAGCGAAAAGGCAAAGUGGGCCAAAUCUAAUGGUCUAGCUGGCAUCAUGAUGUGGUCACUCGAUCAAGAUGACUUUAGUGGAUUAGGAUGUCAGCAAGGCACCUAUCCAUUAAUGAAAGCCGUCAAACGGAUAACAGAAACGCCAAGAACAGAAACUACGAGUCAGUCUCCAAAUGGUGGCUCUAAUCACCAACGUUAUAAUGUACUUCAUAUACUAUCUACUGUCCUCGUUGUAAUUACACUGCUAGAGAUGAAUUAGUAGUAACUUUAAAAUGAAGUAUUUUUUCUAUUAAAAUUUUAA